AUGCCCUUCGCUUUCGGUGGACUAUCGCGGCUGAGAUUCCUGGAACUUAGUCAUAACGACAUUCACGCCGUCAUGCCAUCCACAUUCCGUGGACUAUCGCGGCUGAGUUUCCUGGAUCUUAGUAACAACCAAAUACAAAACAUAGCAGAGAAAACAUUUGAAGGAUUGGGCAACCUCACACACCUAAACCUGGCAUUCAACGGGAUAGCAGUGAUAGGGGACGCCUUUCUCCGUCUGUACGAAUUAAAGUAUUUGGAUAUGAGUGGAAAUAAAUUAGCUGUUUUAAAUCAAACAACACUGGGUCCUGUUGUCAACCGGUUACAGACUAUUGAUGUUGCUGACAACCCGUUUUUGUGUGACUGUAACUUACUGUGGUUUCUUGAGUGGGCCAACGAUAAGUACGACAGGGUGUCGAACUUGUACAACCCUUAUCCUGACUUUCGUCGAGGCUACACAUGUUCUCGAGCUCGUCCAGCACAACUGCGCGGAAGACGUUUGAUAGACGGAUUGGUCCAGAAAAAACGAUCCACCGACAGAAAGGAUUCAUCGGAACGAACGUUUUUUGACACAGUCUGUAGUCAUGGAUUCCAGCCAAACCGCCUCCUGGCUUGUGUGCUCGCCUCUUCCGGCAUCUUCGUCGCCAUGAUGACCAUUUUCUUGGUUGACUACAACAUCGAUCGUGUUCAGUACUACAUGUGGAAAUUGCUGAGACCGAAGAUUGGCGAAGUAGAGAACCAAGAGCCGCCCAGAUACACGCACGAUGCUUUUAUUGUCUACAGCAGCAAGGACGCUAUGUGGGUUGACAAUGAAGCAAUAGAAAAUCUGGAACCUGACUACAGUCUGCUCAUAGACGAAAGGGACUUUGCAGUCGGCGCUCCCAUUGUGGAAAACAUCGCGGAUGCCGUGGAAAACAGCCGGAGAACCGUCUGCCUCAUCACCAGGAACUUCCUGAAGAGUAGGUGGUGCGAGUACGAGUUCCAGAUGGCCCAGUACCACAUGUUCAACCGCAACGGGAUGCUGAAACGGUUCCGCCAUCUGAACGCCGUAAUGAAGAGGGACACGUACCUGACGUGGCCGGGCGACGUGCGGAAAAGGCCGCUGUUCUGGAAGCGGCUGCGAGACGCUCUGGGCGAUCCUCUACCCCGGGACCCAGAGCCUCAGCAGCAGGCACAAGAUCCAGAACGGGACAUUCCGGAACAGCAGGUACAAGAUCCAGAACGGAACAUUCCGGAACAGCAGGUACAAGAUCCGGUCGAGAACAAUCCGGAACCGGCAAGGAACAUUGUGGAAGUACAGAUACACGCACCCAUGCGGAAUAUUCGGAACAGCAAGAUGAUAUUCUAUUACCAGAGCCAGACGACCUGUGGCUUGGAGAUGGGGAUGACGUGCCUCUCCUACCUCUGUAGGAGGUUUGAUCUCAAGCAAAUUUGA